AUGUAUGGGAACAAGGUCACUACGCCAGAGAUUGAUGGUGGGCUGCCUACGUUUCAAAAGAGACCCUUGAACGAUACGCCAGCUGCCUCUUCAAUGACUUCUCCUGUAGGAUCAUAUCAGGCCACUCCGACUAUGACUCGAAGACAGAGUGUAUUGAGUUUGAAAAAGACGAGAUCCUAUACAUUGGAUGUACCUGGGUUGACCAAAUCUAAGACUUCUCCCGAUGGGCUGAUUUCCAGAGAAGAUGUGGGUUCUAAACUGGUCAUUGUCAUGGUUGGACUGCCCGCUAUGGGUAAGUCCUUUAUUACCAAUAAAUUAUCCAGAUAUUUGAACUAUUCGAUGUAUUAUUGUAAGGUAUUCAAUGUGGGUAAUACACGAAGGAAAUGGAACCAAUUGCACAGUGUAGAAAGUCAAGAUGCUGAUUUUUUCAGGUUUGAUAACGAGGAAAGCAGUAAAUUAAGGGACCAAUGGGCAUUUGACACUCUGGAUGAAUUAUUGAAUUACCUACUGAAUGGUGAAGGUUCUGUCGGUAUACUUGAUGGUAGUAACGUAACAAGAGCAAGAAGAAACGAGAUUCUCAUGAGAAUUAAGGCAAGGAACUCUGAUAUAAAAGUGUUGUUUCUUGAAUCCAUUUGUCAUGACAAACAAAUAAUUGAAAAGAAUAUUAAUUGGAAACUGUUUGGUCCCGAUUAUAAGGGCAAGGACCCCCUAGAGUCUCUACUUGAUUUCAAAAAAAGAUUAACUAAUUAUGAUAACAAUUAUGAGCAUAUCGAUGACGACGAAAAUCUUUGUUAUGUGAAAAUGAUUGACGUAGGUGAAAAGAUCAUCUCCUACAAUAUUCAGGGCUUCUUAGCAUCACAAACAGUUUACUUUUUGAUGAAUUUUAAUCUCACGAGAAGACAGAUAUGGAUUACAAGGGCUGGUGAAAGUGAGUUCAAUUGCACGGGGCAAGUCGGUGGAGAUUCCAGUUUGACAAACCGUGGAGAUAAAUACGCUAAGGCAUUGGCAAAUUUCAUUAAUGAUAAGAGAACGGCGUUCUUAUCUGAUGACUCCAUUAGUAAUCGAAUUAAUGAUUUUUACGUGUGGACGAGUAUGCAUGAGAGAUCCGUACAGACUAGUAAAUAUUUCAACGACAAUGAUUACCCUAUUAAACAAAUGAGAAUGUUAGAUGAAAUCAAUACGGGUGACCUUGAUGGGUUGACGUAUACGGAAAUUAAAAACUUGUAUCCUAUAGAAUUUGAGCACAGAAUCAAGGACAAAUUGCAUUACAGAUACCCGGGGACCGGAGGAGAAUCAUACUUGGACGUCAUCAAUCGAUUGAGACCAGUAAUCAACGAGGUAGAAAGAAUUGAAGAUAAUGUUCUGAUAAUCACGCAUCAUGUCGUAGCAAGAGCGCUUCUUGGAUACUUUUUGAAUCUUCAUGUGGAUGUUAUAACGAAUCUCGAUGUCCCCUUACAUUGUGUCUACUGUUUGGAACCCAAACCUUAUGGAAUCUCGUGGUCCUUGUACGAAUACAACGAUGUGACAGACGGUUUCCAAAAAGUGUCCAAAUCCGACCUGAAUAUUACAAGAGUAAAGCAGCUGGGGCUCGUUCACGAAGAGAGAAGAUACUCGCUAGUGCCGACAACGCCAUCGAGCAGCAGAUCCAGCUCAAUAAACCAUCCGACCGCACAAAACCCGACCAGACGGAGAUCUUUCACUGUUUCAAGAGGAGGAACCAAUAUCACAUCGAGAGAUCUUCCUGCUGCAACACAACUUCAAGAGGACUCGUUCCUCAGACGCGACGACACCAAAGAGCCCAUCUCCCUCAAAAAUGACUCAAAUUUCACACUUUAA